CUGCUUUAGCACCUCUAACAUUAGUCCAUGCACACCCUUAGGCGAAUGGGGUUAGAAAAAAGUGAUUCAUUGGAUUUAUCACUCCACUAAUGAUGAGUGCUGUACCGACGAAUGAUAGUCUGGAUCGGCUGAAGUGUUUGGACAAACAGAAAUCGAAGAUAAGGUGUUUCACAAAAACGAUGCGGGAAUGUGAUUAAACAAAAUCGUGGAACAUGUUCAAAGUGUUCCAUAUGGAACUUCAAAUCUGAAUUCAAAAUUCAGUGCCUUCUAGUCCAUCUAGUCAACCGUGCGCGAUCUUGUUAACAACCAUGUGAACAAUGUGAUAUGACCUAAUGUUUAUCUUAUCGUUGAUGAAAAAUUAUCAGUUAUCGAAGUGUGCCAUGAAUUCGGCAGUACGCUAUCGUCUCUCACCAUGAUUAGAAAAAUGAAGCGUAACCGCCUACUGUUGUACUUGGUUGUGGUGCUUUGCUUGCUUUUGGCAGCCAGUUUUUUUAUUCACACUCAGUGCCUUAAGCCAUCGGUUAGCUACUACCGGAUCCUGGAAGAGAGCAUUCGCGAUCACCAACCCGAGGACAAACCCAAAUACAUCCUGCUGUACACGAACUUUUUCGAUGUGGAAAACUGGAAACUCUCGGCGGAAACCGUCGGACCGGACUACUUUCGAUCGAUCCAGUGUCCCGUGACCGAUUGCGUCCUGACCAACAACCGGGAGCUGCUGUCCGCCGUUACGGAUUACGAUGCGCUCGUUUUCCACAUCGCCGAACCGUGGGCGUACUCGCUGUUCGAAAAAGUUCCCAAACUUCGCUCGCCGCGCCAAAUUUACGUCGCAGCGAACAUGGAAUCCCCUGCCCACACAAAGCACCUGCUUGGUGGCGAUCGGGACUUCUUCAACUGGACCAUGACCUACCGGUUGGACUCGGAUGUGGUUUGGAACUACAACAAUUUUGUCGAUGCGGUCACCGAUGUGGUGGUGAGUCCCAACGAGCGACCACAGUGGAGGAGGGACUUCGAGGAGUAUUACAACGAAACCGUGAUGGAGCUGGUUUUGCAAAAGAGCAAAAUGGGAGUUCAGUUUGUGUCCCACUGUGACACCUUUUCCAAGCGGGACGAUUUGGUUCGAGAAAUGCAACGGUCGAUGGAGGUGGAUGUCUACGGGAAAUGCGGAACCAUGGAGUGCCCGCGAGGAUCGCCUCGUUGUUCCGAGAUGCUAUCCACCGACUAUCGGUUCUACUUCGCAUUCGAGAACUCGCUCUGCCGUGACUACAUCACCGAGAAGAUGUACGGCGUUAUGGCCGACAGCUGGAUCGUGCCGGUGGUAUUCGGCGGUGCGGACUACUCUCGAUUCGCGCCACCCUUUUCGUACAUCGAUGUGCAGCAGUUCGGUAGCGUCACCGAUCUGGUCGAUUAUUUGGUGUAUCUGGCACAGAAUCCCAAAGAGUAUGUGAAGUAUUUUUGGUGGAAGGAGCACUACCGGAUCACCGGGAGUCAACCGUUUUGCGACCUUUGUCGAAAGCUGCACGACAUUGGUACACGCGAGAAGGUGCAGAUUUACAAGGACAUCAAAGCCUGGUGGUUCGACGGUGCAUGUCAAUCUGAAUCUAGAAUUAAAUUUUAGGAUUUUGCCCUCUAAAUAAAUUACAAAAUUCUAUAAAAUUGUGUUUUUUGAAAGAAAUUACUCGAAUUACUCCAAAUCCAUAAAUCAAAAUCUACUUAUAAAGGAAAAAACUUAUGAACAUUUCGGAUAAUAUUACU